AUGGUCCAGGUGACGCAGUACGACAAUGUCGGAGGGCAGUCCAGCAAGGAAGUCGUCGCCAACGAGCUGAAAUCCCUCUCGAACACCCUGAAGCAGAUCCACACUGUCUCGACGGCCAGCUCGACGCGGCUGCCGCACGUUCCGACAGAGCUGAUCCAGUACGUCGAGAACGGCCGCAACCCCGACAUCUACACGCGCGAGUUCGUCGAGGUCGUCCGCCGCGGCAACCAGCUCAUGCGAGGCAAGCUGCACGCCUAUGAGUCGUUCCGCGACAUCCUGGCUGGCGAGAUGCGCACGGCGCUGCCCGAGCUGCGCGACGACGUCGAUCAAGUCAUCGCCGCCACCACUCCUGCACCCGCUCCGGCUCCUGCUCCCGCCAGAGGCGUCUCCAACAACACUACACCUGCUGCUGCUGCUGCCCAACACCCAGCCGCGGCCGCCCGGCACUCCGGACGGCUCGACGGCGACAAGACUGAAUCCGACAGUUAUGGGGGCCUGCCCACCCCACCAUCGUUUGGCAUCGAUAGCACCCCGCCGACUCCCACCACGCCCACGUCACAGGCGACCCCUUCCCGGAGGGGAGCAGGCCGAGGCCGUGGACGCGGCCGUGGAGCAAAGGGAGCAGGCCGUGGCACUCGGGGUGCCGGUCGCAGUGGACGUGGCGGCCGUCGUGGUGGUGCCGCGAAUGAUGAGAAUGUGGCUCGUAGCGGUGGCAACAACAGCGGCGCUGCCACGCGACGUUCCUCCCGCAUCGAGAGCGCGCGCAACGCGGCUCAGCAGAUACAGAACUCGGGCCUGGCUGGAGUCGCCGAGGAGCUGCUCGUCCGCCACGGCGCGCAGCGCCAGCUCGUGGGCGCCGGCGCCUACCACAAGACUCGCAUGGCCACGAUUCUGGGCGCCCGCUUCGCCCAUUCGGCUGCUGGCCUUCUCAUCGACUUUGGACUCACCGCCGCUUUUGCUGCUGCGAGCCUGUUUGUUUUGGGCAUUCACGGCGUCUUCCACGCCAUUGCCUACGCCUUUGUCACGCCCUGGUUGGCCCUCAUGCGCGUCCUGGGCACCAUUAAGCUCAGCUUCAUCGUGGCCGGUAGAAUCAUGCGUAUCUGCGGUCGCCUCCUGAUCAUUCUCCUCCGUUGGGCCACGACAUAUCGGGGACACCGGCUCUUCUUCCUCGACCCGCUCACAAUGGAGGCCAUGAUGCCCUCGUCGCCAGUCCCGCAUGUGGAGGAUGAGGAUGAGGCGGAGGUGGAGUUCGAGUCGGACGAGGAUGAGGGUCUAUUCGUCGAUGAGGCCGACCUUGAGACUCGGGAGGAUGAGUUUACGGAGGAGGCUCCUCUGCCUGUCUUUUGCUAAAAAAAAAAAAACACACAGCUUCUACAAGGGGGCGAAGAGCCGAUCAGAAGGCCUGUUUGGCCAUAUAUUGUUUGGCCACUGUACUUUCGAGUCCUGGCAACCAUCUCGCGGUAAUGCAUAAUAUGUAUCUAGUGGGCGGGUCGGCACAUGCUUUCUGGCCACAGGACCGCGCAUGAAGCGGCUCUGGCUUGGGAGCUCGCGCUACAUUCUACAUUUCUUGAUAGGUGCUAGCUAGGUAGAGUCCUAGGUUGCGCACAGCGAAGCCCACCCAACUCUUCCUCAUGAGGAUGAAGAAAGCGGAAUGAGGAUGAAGAGAGUGGAUUUUAAAAGUAAUGACUGAGUCUGUGUUAUUCCUGAUUCUCAUUGCAGCGUGAAAGGAGUCGCCCUUGUGUUUUGAGAAUUGUGAGCGC